AUGGCUAGUGGUCUCACAGCUGCUGCCCGUUACGGGUCCCAAAGUGUAACUCAAUUGGCCGGCUCUACCUCAUUGCGUCGAACACUCCAGGCUAAUGGACUCCGACGAUUUGCCCACCAGACACCGACUACACCACCUACUUCUCCUUUCGCCCCCCGCCAUUUGCUCUCAAUCGCAGACCUGACCCCUACGGAAUUCGCCACCUUGGUUCGCAAUGCUGCGUCGCACAAGAUUGCCAUCAAGUCCGGGGCCAUCCCCGAAAGCCUGAUAGGAUCUCUCUCCGGAAAGACCGUGGCCAUGAUGUUCAACAAGCGUAGCACUCGUACACGUGUAUCAACAGAAGCCGCCGCCGUCCAAAUGGGCGGCCACCCCAUGUUCCUGGGCAAGGACGACAUCCAGCUCGGUGUCAACGAGUCCGUGUAUGAUACGUCCGUUGUGAUUUCGUCGAUGGUGUCGUGCAUCGUCGCGCGUGUCGCGAAGCACUCGGAUGUUGCGGAUCUAGCCCAGCACUCCACCGUGCCUGUGAUCAAUGCACUGUGCGACUCCUUCCACCCUCUCCAGAUCAUCGCCGACUUCCUUACUAUCUACGAGUCCUUCCCCACCAAGGCAGGCCCGCUCUCCGGCCUCGGCCUUGAUGGUCUGAAGAUUGCCUGGGUUGGCGAUGCGAACAACGUCCUCUUCGAUUUGGCUAUUGGUGCUACUAAGAUGGGUGUGGAUAUGGCUGUCGCUACGCCUAAGGGCUACGAGAUCCCCGCGGAUAUGCUUGACAUCAUCCAGCGGGCUGGCGAGGGUGUGCCCAAUGCUGGCAAGCUCACCCAGACCAACGUCCCCGAGGAGGCUGUCAAGAACGCCGACAUCCUGGUUACGGAUACCUGGGUGUCCAUGGGCCAAGAAGAGGAGGCCAAGAAGCGCAUGAAGGCCUUUGAAGGCUUCCAGAUCACUGCCGAUCUGGCUAAGCGUGGUGGUGCCAAGGAGGGCUGGAAGUUCAUGCACUGCCUCCCCCGUCACCCCGAGGAGGUGAGUGACGAGGUCUUCUACAGUCCGCGCUCUUUGGUCUUCCCCGAAGCCGAAAACCGUCUGUGGGCGGCUAUUGCGGCAUUGGAGGGAUUUGUUGUCAAUAAGGGUAAAAUUGUGGAGUAA